ACAACCUAGUACCAAACACUCCAAGAAAACAAGAAGAAAAAAAUAAAAAUAAAAAUGCUUCUCAACGACAUUGGCACUGCAUUCUGUUACAUCAAACCACCACGACCCGACCCGAAACAUGAAACCCGAAUCAUCUCUUCGCACUAUCACUGCCGGAGAGGGUCUCCGGCGAAGAAGCAUUGGGAAAGAAAAGACGCAAAUUCUCAAUCUAUAUGCACCGCCGACGAACUUCACAGCGUUUCUGUUUCAAAUUCAGAUUGGAAACUUGCUCUUUGGCGUUACCUUCCUUCUCCAAAGGCUCCUUUGAGGAACCACCCACUUUUGUUAUUGUCAGGGGUUGCAACCAAUGCUAUUGGAUAUGAUCUAUCUCCUGAGUCUUCAUUUGCUCGGUACAUGUCAGCGCAAGGAUUCGAUACAUGGACUCUUGAGGUUCGAGGUGCUGGGUUGAGCUCAUAUGCAGACAGCUCAGAAAAAGAUGAGAAGUGUCUGAAGAAUUCGUCUGAUAUAGAUUCUGCAAUCAAUAAUGGCAGAAGCAGUGAUUUCGAAAGAGAAUUGGAAUUUAAGAACCUCAGCGCUUCCUUUGAAUCAGAAGUUUCUCAAAUGAAGACAAGAGGAUUAGAGGCAGUAACUAAAUCUGACGAACUACGGCUAACAUCGAGGUUGAUGGAGAUUUUUACAAGAAUGUCAGACAGGUUUGCGAGCUUUCUCAGCGACGAUUUGUUGGAAGGGAGACACAACUCUGCAAUUGUUAAUCUAAUCAAGGAUUUCAAUCGGAGAUUUCAAACUAUGAUUGAAGGUCAACAAAUUUUCCCAGCACGAAUUUUAGAGUUUCCUGACCGUUUUACCGCCACUUUCGAAGAAUUUCAGAAACAGCUCGAUUUGAUCGUCAAGUAUGAUUGGGACUUCGAUCAUUAUCUCGAAGAAGAUGUACCUGCCGCGAUGGAGUAUAUAAAAGCUCAGUGCCAACCAAGGGAUGGGAAAUUGUUGGCAAUUGGUCACUCAAUGGGAGGUAUCUUGUUGUAUGCAAUGCUCUCGCGUUGUUAUUUUGAUGGAAAGGAUUCUGCAUUUGCAUCGAUCGUUACAUUGGGAUCAUCGCUCGACUACACAUCUUCAAGAUCAUCUCUCAAAUGGCUUUUACCACUGGUAGAACCUGUUCAGGCGUUAAAUGUUCCGGUUAUUCCAGUUGGUCCACUGAUUGCUUCCGCUUAUCCUCUCGCGAGAAAUCCGCCGUAUGUUUUAUCUUGGCUAAAUUCUCAGAUUUCAGCUCAAGACAUGAUGGAUCAAAAGUUGUAUGAGAAACUUGUUUUGAACAACUUCUGUACCGUGCCUUCUAAGCUUCUCUUGCAGUUAAAAACAGUCUUUCAAGAAGGCGGUUUACGCGACAGGAGUGGAACAUUCAUCUACAAAGAUCAUCUCCGCAAAAGUAAAGUUCCUAUUUUAGCAAUUGCUGGUGACCAAGACUUAAUCUGCCCGCCCGAAGCUGUAUACGAAACGGUGAAGCUUAUUCGCAAGGAGCUUGUUACAUACAAAGUCUUUGGAGAGUUUGGAGGUCCACAUUAUGCCCAUUAUGACUUAGUGGGUGGCCGAUCGGCCGCAGAUGAACUGUAUCCAUGUAUAACAGAAUUCCUCAUUCAUCAUGACAUGGCUUAAUCCAUUGAUCUUUUUAAAUACCAUUCUUCUAUGUAUCUAUAUGAAGAUCCUCAUAGAAAAGAUGGAUUUUCAAGAUCCUAAAUGAUGCAUAAGUUUCUGUAUUUAGUUAUAAAAGAACAUGUACACACAUGUAAAUGUAAAUAGAGUACACAAAUCAUGUGCUGGUUGCACUAAAAGUAUUAGUGAAUUAUUAGCCUUUAUUUGUAAUUAAAUUGUAAGACUUUGCAAUAUCAUUGGAAGUGAAGUUGUAAUGAAAUUUAUUUUUUUAAAGAUA